AUCCCAAACUCUUUCUACUUUGUUCCUCCUUAAAAAAAACCAAUCUUUCUCUCAUUUUCUUGAUUCUUGAUCUCACCAAAAAAAAUGCAAAUGCAAUACAAGAAUUUAGGCAGAUCAGGUCUAAAAGUAUCCCAACUUUCAUAUGGAGCAUGGGUAACAUUUGGCAAUCAACUUGAUGUCAAAGAAGCAAAAACACUGUUACAAUGUUGUCGUGACAAUGGUGUCAAUUUCUUUGACAAUGCUGAAGUAUAUGCUAAUGGUCGUGCUGAAGAAAUAAUGGGACAAGCUAUACGUGAACUUGGUUGGAAAAGAUCAGAUAUUGUUAUAUCUACUAAGAUUUUUUGGGGUGGAUCAGGUCCAAAUGAUAAAGGUUUAUCAAGAAAACAUAUAAUUGAAGGUACAAAAGCUUCAUUAAAGAGACUUGAUAUGGAUUAUGUAGAUCUGAUUUAUUGUCAUAGGCCUGAUACAAGUACACCUAUUGAAGAAACUGUUAGAGCUAUGAAUUAUGUUAUUGAUAAAGGUUGGGCUUUUUAUUGGGGUACUAGUGAAUGGUCAGCUCAACAGAUUACUGAAGCUUGGGGUGUUGCUCAAAGAUUGGAUCUUGUUGGUCCUAUUGUUGAACAGCCUGAGUAUAACUUGUUGUCUAGGCACAAGGUCGAAUCUGAGUACCUGCCUCUGUAUAGCAACUACGGAAUUGGUCUUACCACAUGGAGUCCUCUCGCUUCAGGCGUUCUGACUGGAAAAUAUAACGCAGGGAACAUUCCACCAGACAGUCGAUUUGCACUUGAAAAUUACAAGAAUCUCGCCAGCAGAUCUUUGGUAGAUGAUGUGCUGAGGAAAGUAAAUGGAUUGAAACCAAUUGCUGAGGAACUAGGUGUACCUCUACCUCAACUGGCGAUUGCGUGGUGUGCUGCAAAUCCUAAUGUCUCAUCUGUUAUUACUGGUGCCACCAAAGAGUAUCAGAUUCAAGAAAACAUGAAAGCCAUCAAUGUCAUUCCAUUGUUAACUCCUGCUGUGAUGGAGAAGAUUGAGGCAGUUGUUCAAAGCAAGCCAAAGCGCUUGGAUUCAUAUAGGUAGACAUAUUUCGAGAUAUCCAUUAGUGGUUUCAAGAAGCACUGCUUAUUCAGACUGAGUUUCCUCAUUAUGUAAUUUGCACCCCCUUUUGCUUAUCAUAUGUGUAGACACUAUGAGAGUUGAUAUUGUUUCUGAACCAACCUUUAAUUGUGGUAACCUUUAAUUGUGGUGAAUUUUCUACUUCUUUGGGUGGAUGAUGAUUUAUUGGCUUUUGGAGUUAGAAUAAAUGUUUUCUUGAGUUUA